AUACCACUGAUAAGUAAAAAACACGUGUGUGUGCGCAUUCUUUUUUGUGUGACAAGCGUGCGGCUAGCAAUUAAUUUCGGACGGAAAAUAUUGACGAAUAGUUGAAUUAAUCAUGACAGACUUGCUAAAAAUAGCCGAUGCAAUCGUCCUAGAGUACUUGCAGUCCAAGGACAAGAACCUGGCCAAGGUUUUCCAGCAGAAGACGAAGGCGGCCAGCGUCGCCAAAAGUAGCCCAAAGUUGAGUGAAAUCAUUCAGUUCUACCAGACCAAGAGCUCCACCAAGAUCCCAGCAAUCAAGGCUACGGCCGGUGACUCCAGCGAUGAUAGCGACUCAGACUCUGAGGUCGAAUCCGCGCCUAAGAAGCCAGCGACAGCGGCUCUACUAACAAAUGGCAAGGCCGCCAAGAAAGCAGCUUCUUCCAGCAGCGAUGACAGUGAUUCGGAGGAGGAGAAGUCACCAGCAGCAAAGGCCACGCCGGCCAAGGCAUCUCCAGCCCCUAAGAAGGCAGAAUCUUCCAGCGAGGACAGUUCCUCGGAGGAAGAGGCACCCAAAAAGGCUGCUCCAGUGAAGCCAACUCCGGCCAAGGCGACUCCCGCCAAAAAGGUUGAGUCCAGCAGCGAGGAUAGCAGUUCCGAAGAAGAAAAGGCAAAGCCCGCUGUCAAGGCCACACCAGCUAAGGCUGCUCCCGCCAAAAAAGCGGCCUCCAGCAGCGAAGACAGCAGCUCGGAGGAAGAGGCCAAGCCAGCUGCCAAGCCAGUUGCAAAGACUGCACCGCCAAAGAAGGCAGCAUCCUCCAGCGACGAUAGCGACUCUGAUGACGAGCCAGCCGCUAAGAAGCCUGCAGUCCAGCCUGCCGCGAAGCCAGCUCCUAAGACAGCCGCUUCUAGCAGCGAAGACAGUAGCUCAGAGGAAGAGACCAAACCCUCUUCUAAAUCUUCUGUCAAGGCGGCUCCUGCUAAGAAGGCGGCGUCCUCUAGUGACGAUAGUUCCUCUGAAGACGAGGCACCUAAAAGGGCAGAAAUUCUAGCAAAGCCCACUCCGACUAAGGCUGCUCCCACCAAAAAGGCUAACAGCUCCAGUGAUGAUAGUUCUUCAGAAGACGAGGCUCCCAAGAAGGCAGCUCCAGGAAAGGCCACGCCAGCUAAGGCAACUCCUGCCAAGAAGCCAGCUUCCUCCAGCGAUGACAGCUCCUCUGAAGACGAGGCGCCAAAGAAGGCUGCUGCAACACCAAAGGCGACACCGGCCAAAAAGGCGAAGUCUUCCAGCGAAGACAGCGACUCUGAUGAAGAGGAAGCUCCCAAAAAAACUGCAUCGAAAACAGUUGCAACAGCUGCUCCUUCCAAGAAAGCAGAUUCCGAAGAUUCUUCAGACGAUAGCGAUAGCUCAGACGAUGAAAAGCCAGCAAAGGCGGCUGCUUCUAAGGCUCCGGCCAAGCCUGCAAAGCCUGCCUCCUCGAGCAGUGAAGAUUCCAGCGAUGAUGAGACACCGGCAGUGAAGCCAGCUGUUAAAAAGACUGCUGUUCCUGCUAAGAAGGGUGACAGCAGCAGCGACGACAGUGACUCUGGCGAAGAGUCUGGCGAGGUCAAGCCCAACUCUGUGACCAAUGGCAAUGCGAAGCCUGCUCAGAAGCGAAAGUUUAGUGGUGGCGACCAGGACGAGGCCACUCCCAACAAAAAGUACAAUAACUUCGUCAAAUCGGGAGAACAACAGAAGAACGAUUUCACCUCCACGCCUAACAACUCCUUCAGCCGAAACAAUAAUAUGAAUAAUAGCGGAGGGGGAAGUGGGCGACGGUCACCCUUCCGGAGGGUACGCACCGAGGAUGUGUUGGUGGACUCCCGAGUCCAGGACAUGUCCUUCGAGGCGAAGAAAAACGCUGCCGGAUCUUGGGGCGAGCGAGCCAACAAGGACCUGAAGCAUACACGCGGCAAGUCCUUUAAACACGAGAAAACCAAGAAGAAGCGCGGCAGCUAUCGAGGUGGCCAAAUUGACGUAGGCGUCAAUUCAAUAAAAUUUGACUAGAGUUACAUACACCCCAUAAAAUAAUCCUUAUUCUAACGGAUACAACUAGUCUGUAAGCAAAAAAGUAACUACGUAGAAUAGUUUCUUUAUGCAAUAGUUCCGCCAACAUGUAAAUUCUUUCCAAACUCUUGAUUGGCAUGGGGAAGUCUGUACUUCCGCUUUAAUGUGAAUUAAUCCAAUGCGAACCGGCGGUCGACAAACCCGUGACCAAGUUUAUACUUUUAGUCAUUAUUUCUUUUUAAAUAAUGGUUAUUAUAACAGUAGCGGAAUUGACCCUUUCUUUUUCAGAUCUGUUGGAAUGAAACCGCAAAGCUUGUAGCCGAUUUUUUAUAAACCUUUUAGGACUUGAAGCUUAGUACAUUUUUAUUGUUUUGCCUUUAAUCUAUUUUUAUCUAAAAUUGAAAAAGGUUCAUAAGAAAUCAGGCAUAAAACCUAAUUAUUUUCCAGUCACUUGGGUUAAAUAAAGGGUUAACUUCCGAUUAGCAAUUAAGUAAUUUCCCGCUAAUUUCUGGUGAUAACCUGUUUAUGAGGGAUUCAAUAUGUAAAAGAUUAAUUUGUCACUUCGGACAAUGUAUUUAAUUCAACUUAAGAAAAACGGAAAGAAAUACAUGUAUUUUUUAAUAACUGAA